AUGAAGCUCAUGUCCAUUGCUGCCUCCGUGGCUGUCGCCUCCCUGUCCAUCGUUCUGGCCCAUUGCCAGAGUAGUGGCUGCUCCACGACUGGUACUGCCUCGUGCACUAAUACCUCAGUGGUUGCUAACUUGUGCUGCUUCGAAUCGCCGGGGGGUCUGAUGCUUCAGACCCAGUUCUGGGACACAAACCCUUCUACUGGUCCUGUGGACAGUUUCACCAUCCACGGACUCUCGUCCGACAACUGUGAUAGUACUUUCUCGGAGAACUGCGACCCCUCCCGGGCUUACACCAAUAUGGCUAGCCUUCUCGAGAGUAAUGGUGCAUCAAACACAUUGGACUUCAUGAGCAAGUUCUGGGUAGAUAUCAAUGGCCAAAACGAACAUUUCUGGGAAAAUGUGUGGGCCACCCAUGGAACCUGCAUGUCGACCCUCAAUCCCUCGUGCUUGCCCAAAGGCAGCGCCCGGGGCGCGGAAGCUGUUGCAUACUUUCGAACGGUCAUCACCUGGUACUUCAAUCUCAAGGGCAGCAUGAUUGAUGGAACGUUUGUACCCAUUGAUGCACCGAAGACUGGCUCGUGCCCCAGCACUGGGAUCAAAUACCCCCCCAAGGCCAAGUAA